GGCCGCCGCGGCCCCGGCCUGAUCCCCGGCCUGUCCCGGCCCCGCGACCCCCGCGCUGACCCUCCCUGCGGGCAGCCGGCCACAGGCGCUACUGGGGAACCCUGAGCCCUGCUCCUCGCUGGCACUGCCCAUCCCGCGGCCCUGCGAAGUCCCCAGGACGCUCCUGCAGCUCCCCGGGCAGGACAGGGAUCCUGCGGCACCUGGCUGCAGUGCAGCCUUGUGCGGCCGCGGGCAGCGGCGACAGGCAGCAGCCAGCGCGGCCCCGUGCUCCCACGCCACGGCGCAGGGGGGGAGUUUCUCCUCCUUUGUCUGCUCCCGGCCAGGCAGCAGCCGGUGCGCGGCAGCGCCGGAGCAGCCGGGGAAGGGCCUCGGCAGCAGCCGCGGAGAACGGCGGCCGCGGUGCCCUCUGCCCCGGCACAGCCACCGGCCCGGCCCGGCCGCGCUGGGAGCGAGCAGCGACCCCGGGGGAGCCAAGCUCUUCAUGACGGAAACCCGACCAGGCAGCGGGGACGGCAGCUGCGCCCGGGCGCGGGGAGGACGGCAGCGUUGGGGACAAGGACAGCCGCGUCCCGUCCCCACCCCCGGCGCCCGCCGUCGGCCAUGGGGAACGGCAUGAGCCAGAUCCUUCCUGGCCUCUACCUUGGGAACUUCGUUGAUGCCAAAGACCUGGAGCAGCUAAGCAGGAACAAGAUCACCCACAUUGUUUCAAUCCAUGAAUCCCCCCAGCCCUUGCUGAAGGACAUCACCUACCUCCGCAUCCCCCUGCCUGACACCCCUGAAGCCAACAUCAAGAGGCACUUCAAGGAAUGCAUCAGUUUUAUCCAUCAGUGUCGCCUGCAUGGAGGGAACUGCCUCGUCCACUGCCUGGCUGGCAUCUCCCGCAGCACCACGGUGGUGGUUGCCUACGUGAUGGUUGUGACGGAGCUGAGCUGCCAGGAGGUGCUGGAUGCCAUCCGAACCAUCCGGCCCGUGGCCAACCCCAACCCCGGCUUCAGGCAGCAGCUGGCCGAGUUCAGCGGCAGCGCAGCCCGCAAGGUCCGCAGGCAUCUGAAGCAGAAGUAUGGGAUGUCCCCUUUCAAUGAUGAGGAAGAAAUAAAGGCCUUGCUGCCAGCAGGGAGAGAAGGAACGUCCAGAACAGAGGGAGCUGUGCAAGGACUGGUCCCAAGAGCCAGAGACAUGAGGAGCACAAGUCCCUUCCUGCUGCGGGUGAAGAGGACGUUCUCCUGCAUCCCGGCUUGUCUGAAAACCUCGGGGAUGCCUUUUUUGGGGGUCCCACCCGGAGGAACCAGCUCCAGCUCUUCCCAUUGCUGUAACCGUCAGUUACGACAUCGGAUAUCUGACGCUGCUGCGCGGGGAAAAGUGGAGCAGAGAGAAAAAAAAAAAUUAAGAACCGUCCCCCCCGUCCUUGGGGCAGCCAGAACCUCCGGCGUGUGCCGGGAAAGGGAAAGUGAAAGCCGGAGCCGCUUUCGGUUUCGCCGCCGGGCCGCGAUGGCGGAGCCGGGGGCGCCCAUGCGGCUGAAGGAGUGGCUGAUCGCGCAGAUCGACAGCGGCCGGUACCCGGGGCUGCGCUGGGAGAACCGGCAGAAAACGCUCUUCCGCAUCCCCUGGAAGCACGCGGCCAAGCAGGAUUACCGGCAGCAGGAGGAUGCUGCGCUCUUCAAGGCUUGGGCCAUCUACAAGGGGAAGUACCACGAAGGGACGGACAAGGCCGACCCCUCCACCUGGAAGACGCGGCUGCGCUGCGCCCUCAACAAGAGCACCGACUUCCAGGAGGUGCCCGAGCGGAGCCAGCUGGACAUCUCCGAGCCUUACAAGGUGUACCAGAUCGUGACUGACAGAGCCUGUGAUGCAGAGGACAGUGACACACAGUCCCCAGGCAGUGAGGACCAGCAGGGCAGCACUGCAGCGAGUCCGAAGAAGGAGGAAAGCCAGAAGGACAUGCUGGAGAGUGCCCAUGUCUCUCCACAGCCCUGGCUCUCUGGCCACCCCACUGAGCGAGGGUGCCUUGUCAGGGGAGUCUUCUAUGGCUGGAACCCAACCCAUGGCCAGCUUCUUCCUGGACCCCAGUCCUACCUCCCUGUGGAGGAUGUCAACAAUUCAGACUGCUGGCUGCACAUCCGCCUGUACUACUGCGACGUGCUGGUGAAGGAGGUGACCACGCGCACGGCCGAGGGCUGCCGCAUCACCACCGGCGCCGUGCCCGCCGACAGCGAGCGCCUCUACGGCCCCUCCUGCAUGGAGCAGAUCCAGUUCCCCCCCCCGCAGGUGCUCAGCGGCCACGGCCGCGUGGCCUGCAUGGCCAACGUGCUGGAGAGGCUCCUGCCCCACCUGGAGCGCGGGGUGCUGCUCUGGGUGGCACCUGAGGGGGUCUUCAUGAAGCGCCAGUGCCAGGGCAGGGUGUACUGGAACGGGCCCCUGGCCCCGCACAGGAACUGGCCCAACAAGCUGGAGAGGGAGAGGACUUACAAGCUGCUGGACACGCAGCAGUACAUCCAGCAGGUGCGGGAGUACCUGAGCAACGGGCAGCUCCUGCCUCAGUACCAGAUCUACCUGUGCUUUGGGGAGGAAUACCCCACCAGGGCUGGGCACCCCUUCCAGAAGCUCAUCAUGGCUCACGUGGAGCCGGUGUUCGCUCGGGAGCUCUUCCAUCACGCCCAGCGCUUGAGGCCGACCCUGCUCUGCAAUUCCCCGCAGCCCUGUUCCCCUGGCACCUCCAGCCACGUUCUCCACGUCCUCAAACAGCUCUGCCAGCCCUGAGCUGGGUGGGAGAGGAGAGCCCAGUUGCCAUAAAGUCUCAGAGUGGGAGGCUCUGAGCCCCAUGGCUCCAUUCCAGCUGCGUGUCCCAAGGCAGAGUGCUCAGGGUGCUCAGCGUGCAGGACCAAACAAGGACAGAUGUUAGCUGGGUGGGCAGGUGCUGCUGCCCCUGUGAUUGCUGUAUUUAUUCCCCAGGAGUCUCCCAGGUGGGGUUUGUUGUGUGCCUAUUCAGCAAGCCAGGGCAGACCUGGCUCUGUCCUUGCACCUUGCACUGCCAGGACUCGCUGUUGCAAACCUUAGAAAUAAAGGUUGUGUUUUCGUA